UGACAGAGCCUGAUCUGUGGCUCUGUGCACACUUCACCAUAUUAUUUCAAUUUUUAUUGUUUAUUUUCUUAUUAACUAUUUUGGUUAUAAAGCAGAUAAAUAAAAUUUCAUCUGAAUCAUUGUUAUGUAAUGAUAUGACUUUUGAAAAAUAAGCACUCAUUGUAUAAAACCAUUAUUAUAAUAAUUUACAAAAUGUUGUGCCGAAAACUAAGAAAUCAUGCAGUUACUGUGCUAAGAUAUAACUCCACAGCUUCUCAUGCGAAAUUGGAUACCUUGGCAGUGUCUGAAGAUAUACCUGAGACAAGGAAAAGGCCACUAGAUUAUCCUGAUUACUUCAAAGUACAUGAACUAUUCACAGUAAAGGAUUUAUUUGAUGCAAGAGUACAUUUUGGACACAAGGAGGGUUCACUUAAUGAUAAUAUGAGACCAUACCUGUAUGGCUCGAGACUAGGUCACUUGAUAUUUGAUUUGGACAUCACUGCUGAACAUUUACGCAAAGCUCUUAAUUUUACUGCACAUAUUGCGUACAGAGGUGGUAUAAUUUGUUUUUUCAAUAGGAAUGCUUUAAAUGCACACUUAGUCGAAAAAACUGCAAAAGAAUGCGGAGAAUACGCUCAUACUAGAUUUUGGCGAGGUGGUAUUUUUACAAAUGCUGACCAUCAGUUUGGUGCAGUGACACGGUUACCAGAUCUGUGUAUAUUUUUAAAUACUCAGAACAACAUUUUAAACCAGCACACUGCUGUAAGAGAUACUGCAAAAAUGUUAAUUCCCACUAUUGGUAUUGUGGAUUCUAAUUGCAAUCCUAAUUUAAUCACAUAUCCAGUACCAGGAAAUGAUGAUACUCCAACUGCAAUACAACUAUACUGUGAAUUAUUUAAACAAGCAAUAAAGAGGGGUAAAGAAGAAAGAAUGAAGUUUUUACAGGAGAAUGAUGAUUGAAAUGUUGUAAUAUAGUAGUAGUGAUCUAAAUAAAUAUAAAUAUAGAUUAUAAUAAGUACAUUAAUUUUAUUUGAAACAAGUAGGUAUUGCACUUUAUUCUGCUUUAGUGUAAACAUCUUUCUAACAAAGUAGUUUCAAACAGUGUCUAUGUAGCUAUUCAUUGAUUUAGUAGUUAAACCACAAUGUGAUGUCAAUUGAUUUAGUUAAUUGAUAUAAUAAAAAACAGUUUAAUUAAAUGAACCAAAUUAAUAACAAACUUUGA